AUGCCAUUCAUUAAGACUUUGCUAAAGGUCCUGGUUCCUUUAAUAACGGGCGUCCUGCUCCUCACAUUCUGGAAUCGCGCAUCCCUGUCUUCAGUCCCUGGAAUCGCAACAAGCGCACCAUCCGGAAAACACAAGCCUGUAACACCUUACUAUGGGAACUGGAGAACAUGGUUGAACCCCUGUCAAUCUGCCCAGCCCGAUACCUCCCAGACUUCAGGAAAGGAAUGGAACAUUCUCUAUCACCUCGGAGGUAAUGGACCCUGGGUUGAGAACAUCCACGAAGGAGCGGCCUCCAGUCUUGAAACCCCGGAAGGCUGCUCAAUUGAUCAGGUGCACAUGAUAUCACGACAUGGGGAACGAUAUCCCACGCGAGCUGUUGGGAACCGGCAUCUGGAUUUUCUCAAGCGCGUGCAAGACACUGGACUUCCUCUCAAUGGCUCCCUUGCAUUUCUCCAAAACUGGACCUAUAUCACAGGCGACCCUGACAAAGACUUCGGCGAAUUGACCAGCACAGGCCCAUAUGCUGGCACGUUAAGUUCAUUUACAACAGGCGUCCGGUUCCGGACACGAUAUGGACAUCUGAUUCCUAAAAAUACUCAAACACGGCUAUGGGCAAGUGACUCAGGCCGUGUCAUCGAGACAGCCCGCCAUUUCGCCUCUGGAUUCUUUGGUCUGGAUUGGGAAGUAUUUGGCAAGGCCGAGCUACAGGUCAUACCCGAAACAUUCGAGCGUGGUGCAGAUACUCUUACCCCGGGUGAUACUUGCUACAAGUACCUCGAGGACACCAUCCAUGGCCAUGACAAUGGUCAAGAGAUGCUUGCACGGUUCCAGGAAAGCUAUAUUCCUGCAAUUGCGGAGCGACUCAUGCAUGAAGGGAACUUCGGCCUGAAAGGACUUUCCAACACGGAAGUCUACGGCAUGCAGGAGAUGUGUGGCUUUGAAAUAAUGGCACGAGGGUCGAGUCCAUGGUGUGAGGUAUUUACCGAGCAAGACUGGCAAUACUUUGAGUAUGCCCGUGAUUUGAUUCAUUAUUACCGUGCUGGACCAGGCAAUCCCUAUUCUGGUGCGAUGGGAUUGCUGUGGUUGAAUGCAACAACCAGAUUGCUUCGCGAUGGCCCGGAGGCUGGAAGCCUGUUCUUCAGCUUUGUCCAUGACGGUGACAUAGCACCAUUCAUCACGGCACUGGGGGUCCUUGGGAUUGAUAAGGAACAGCUUCCUACGACCCAUGUUGUAGCAGACCGUAUGUGGCGCACUUCUUCCAUUUUACCUAUGGGCGCAAGGGUCACACUUGAGCGAAUGUCUUGCCAAUCAGGAAAUGACGAAUCCUAUGUUCGAGUUAACAUCAACGAUCGCAUUAUGCCACUGCCAUUCUGCAAGUCCGGUCCCGGGGAGUCUUGUCCCCUUGGUCGCUUUGUGGACUAUGUCUAUCAGCGCAGAGCGAAGGUAGGGGACUUUACAGAGUAUCACUCCGUCCCACCGGAGGAGCGCGCUAGGGACGAGAAGGGCAACCUCUUGCCCUGGGGCUAUGUUUACAAAGACGAAACUCGCAACCCUCGACGACCAGCAGAAGAAUCAGGACCCUUUGGCAAGCGAAGAAACGCUCGAUACCAAAAUGAUCGAUCGCGCACACGAACUGGCACACCGGCGGCUAGACGAGAGAAUGUCAACGUUGCCGAGUUUGAUCGGUUAUUCUCAAUGCAGCAACAGGAGGUAGAGAAGACACAGGGUUUACCCAAGUCAUCAUCGUCAUCCAGUCUUGACAACGCACGGAAACUGUCUGAGAAGGUCGCAACCGAGUGCAUACUCUACGGAUACAAAAACAAGGACAACGAGUGGAAGGUUAUCAACAAAUAUGAGCAAAUCUCCCAGGGUCAAAUUUGUGAAGACUAUCCGCGCAGUGAUCCCAAAUCCGCCACACCAUACUCUCAGAUGUUGAGCGGCGGCGACGUCGUCAUCCGCACGAAUCUAUCCGCCGACGCGAAUCGCAAGUCGAAGCGCUACGCGGGUGGCUACCACUGGAUCAAGGUCACCUACGACUCGAGCCAGUCUGCAGACCGCGCCUGCUUCUAUUCACCGCAGGAGAUCGAUGGACAUCUCGUGUUCUGUGAGCUGUACAGCGGCCAUGGACCGGCCGAAGACAGUCCCAUCCCCGUGGGCUCUGCGACGGGCGAUCGCAUUCACAAGAAGGGAUCGCGUACCCUGACCACCUCACAUUCGACCGCAUUCCUAUCCGGCUCUAGCAAGGACCAGGAUCGAAUGACCCUACCCCGGUCCUUUGCCAUGAACAAUCUCUCCAGCGUCCCGGACGUACCAGAAGAAAAUUCGCCCGAGUCCACCACAAUCACAGAUAACACAGUCGCAGCCACUUCCUCGACAGUGACCUCCGCAACCGCAACACCCUUGUUGAAUACAGGCGGCUGGACCACAAGCCCCACGGAAGCCGGCCCUUCCAUGACAGGCGCUUUAACGAGCGGCAGUUUGGCCAACGACAGCUCAUCAAUGCGCCAGCGCCGUGCCUCUGCCGCUGCCCUCACCUCUACCGAACCCAACCCCGAUCACGAAUUCAUGACGCACAUCCCCACAGUCCGACGAACCAAGCUGCGCCCCUUGGCCGAAGCCCUCCCUCCCCAGCCAACCCUCACAGAGCGUGUCCUCCGAUCCAUCCCCAUCUUAAGUUGGUUCACUGGCGACAUCGUGGGCGAGGGUCCACAGCUCUGCGACGACGGCACAUUCGACUGGGACAAAUCGGGUACCUACUGGCGUUUCUGGUACACCAUCGAUGCAUUCCUGGGUACUGAUCUGUGCGGCAUGAAGGAAGAUAUCUGA